AUUACCCAGAAUGCUCUCGUGAAAACCCCCUACUACAACCGAAAGUGAUGUGUGUAAACCGAAAAGUAGCAGCAAAGUGACAGAACGACAGACAGAAACUGGAGGAUUUUAUUAUUUAAGCAAAAUAUUGGAAGUAGAGGAUAUUUACAUGCUGUCAAAAUGACAUCCGAGGUUUUCUCUUAUGAAAGUUUGGUUCAUGCUGUGGCGGGAGCGGUGGGCAGUGUGACAGCAAUGACAGUCUUCUUCCCUCUUGAUACAGCUCGAUUACGGCUUCAAGUGGAUGAAAACAGGAAAGCCAAAUCAACGCCAGCUGUUCUGACAGAUAUCAUCAGAGAAGAAGGGCUACUUGCUCCCUACAGGGGCUGGUUCCCGGUCAUCUGCAGUUUAUGCUGCUCCAACUUUGUGUACUUCUACUGCUUUCACUGUAUUAAGGCCAGCUGGCUGAAGGAGAAACCGUCCACACCCAGCACAGAUUUAGUCAUAGGCAUUGCUGCAGGUAUUGUAAAUGUUCUGGUUACCACUCCUAUGUGGGUGGUCAAUACCAGGCUGAAGCUUCAGGGCUCCAAGUUUCACAACGCAGACAUCCGACCGACCAACUACACUGGCAUCUUGGAUGCAUUUGUGCAGAUCAUCCGUCGGGAGGGUGUCGGUGCCCUGUGGAAUGGGACCUUCCCGUCCCUGCUGCUGGUGCUGAACCCCGCCAUGCAGUUCAUGAUUUAUGAAGGCCUGAAGAGGCAGCUGAGAAGGGGAUCUCCUCGGGAGCUGUCAUCGCUGGAGGUUUUUGUGAUUGGCGCCAUCGCCAAAGCUGUUGCCACUGCUGUUACGUAUCCUCUGCAGACCAUCCAGUCCAUUCUUAGGUUUGGUCAGUUCAACAAACCGGCAGAGAAGUCCAAACUAGCAUCCAGUCUUUGGGCUGUCAAGAGCCUGCUGGUCUCCAGAGUUCGGAAGUACGGCAUGUUGGGCCUGUUUAAAGGCCUGGAGGCCAAGCUGCUGCAGACGGUGCUGACUGCUGCCCUCAUGUUCCUUCUCUACGAGAAGAUCGCUAGCUGCACCUUUAAAGUGAUGGGACUCAGCAGCAGCCACUACAAGAAGCACUAGCCCAGAAAACCUCAAACACUUGAUCACACAGAAUCACUGGUCAGAAUCGUAUUUACAGACACCUUGAUGAAAACUCAAACCUACUGUAAAUGUGUAAAUUAUUUUUAAAACACCGAAAUUUUACAUGUAACCUCAUCUCAGUAGUUUUAUGUCUAAUAAAUGGUUAGCAUUUUAAA